AUGGAAUUACCUGGCAACAUUGGAGGCUUAGAAUUAUUAAUAGAUCGUGUUGCACAAAGAAAAAUCGAACUAGAAUCCAAUCCAAAAUUUAAUAAAAUUAAUAGAUAUCAGAAUAUUAGAGACACUGCCCAGAAAGCUAUUGAUCAUGAAAUAAAUCAUCAUGAUGAUCCAAUGGAUAUAGACUAUACUCUUAUUAAUCUUGCUAGAGAACUUCAAGGAGGUACUCCUAGAAGGAUUGUAAAUCGAACUAAUGCUAAAAGGAAGAAGCCUAAGCCUAAGAAGGGUGCUAAGAAGACAAAAAAG